UGAAGGUGUAGUGCUCUGUGAGAAGGUCUAGGAUUGUUAAAUUGCUAUUCAAGCAUGCAAAGGGUCAGCUGCCACAUCUAAUGAGAGGAUAUUUUUCUUCCCGAGCCCCUCUCCACGAUGAUUUGGUGACAGUAUACUAAAUACCAGCUAGUUUGAUUGAUUUAAAGAGUCACAGAAACCAUGGCAACGACAGCUCUGACCGGCUUCUCCAUGAUGAGCCUGCUCAGCCUCGGUUACCUGACCUGGGAUCUGAUGGGUCCCAACCAAGUGGAAAAUGAGCCCGACCAAACGUUUGGAGGCAGGUCUCCCAUCCCGCAGCCUCCUCACAUCAUUUUCAUCAUGACAGAUGAUCAGGGGUUCAACGACAUCGGCUAUCACAGCUCUGACAUCAGGACGCCGGUGCUGGAUAAACUGGCUGCAGAUGGAGUGAAGCUGGAGAAUUAUUACAUCCAGCCCAUUUGCACCCCAUCCCGAAGUCAGCUCAUCACCGGCAGGUACCAGAUUCACACUGGCCUGCAGCACUCCAUCAUCCGGCCCCGCCAGCCCAACUGCUUGCCCUUUGACCAGGUCACCCUCCCCCAGAGGCUGCAGGAGCUCGGCUACUCCACCCACAUGGUUGGCAAGUGGCACCUGGGCUUCUACAAGAAGGAGUGCUUGCCCACUCGCCGUGGCUUUGACACCUACUUUGGCUCCUUGACAGGCAGUGUGAACUACUACACCUAUGACUCCUGUGACGGCCCUGGGCUGUGUGGCUUUGACCUCCAUGAGGGGGAGUCGGUUGCCUGGGGCCAGAGGGGCAAAUACUCCACCCAUUUGUACACGCAAAGAGUCCGCAAGAUCCUGGCGACCCAUGAUCCUCAGUCCCAGCCGCUGUUCAUCUUCCUCUCCUUCCAGGCUGUUCACACGCCCUUGCAGUCUCCACGGGAGUACAUCUACCCUUACCGCGGGCUGGAAAAUGUGGCACGAAGGAAGUAUGCUGCCAUGGUCUCGGCUGUAGAUGAGGCCGUUCGAAAUAUAACAUACGCUCUCCGCAAGUAUGGUUACUACCAGAACAGUGUCAUCAUCUUCUCUACUGACAAUGGUGGCCAGCCUUUGUCUGGUGGCAGUAACUGGCCGCUCAGAGGACGUAAAGGCACCUACUGGGAAGGCGGUGUCCGGGGUCUGGGGUUUGUCCACAGCCCUCUGCUGAGGAAGAGGAGGAGGGUGAGUAAAGCCUUGGUGCACAUUACUGACUGGUACCCCACACUGGUGGGACUGGCAGGGGGCAAUGAAUCCCUGACCAAAGGAGUGGAUGGGUAUAAUGUUUGGGAGGCCAUCAGUGAGGACAAAGAGUCACCCAGAUUGGAGAUCCUCCACAACAUCGACCCUCUGUACAACCACGCUCGCAGUGGCUCCCUGCAGAAAGGAUAUGGUAUUUGGAAUACAGCCAUUCAGGCCUCCAUACGAGCUGGAGACUGGAAACUCCUGACAGGAGACCCUGGUUAUGGAGACUGGACCCCGCCGCAGACACUCCCGGGUUUUCCCGCUGGCUGGUGGAACCUAGAACGCCACACGGUGCCAAGGAAAUCAGUGUGGCUUUUCAACAUCUCUGGAGACCCCUACGAACGCUUUGACCUUUCUGAGCAGAGGCCAGAUGUUGUAAAAGAGCUUUUAGCCAGACUGGUGUACUACAAUCGCACUGCGGUGCCAGUGAGGUAUCCAUCAGAGGAUCCACGGGCCGACCCCCACCUGAAUGGAGGUGCCUGGGUCCCCUGGGUUGGAGACGAGGAGGAGGACAGCUGGGACAGUGUUUACCAGAGGAAGAACAAGGAUUGGAAGAAGAAGCUUAAACUGUCCAAAAGCAGGUCAUUUUUCAGGAGACUCAACACCAGGAUCAUGUCCAACAGGAUAUAGAAAGGACAUGAGUGAAAAAGAUUCAGAGGAGACACUUUAGAAAGACAAAGUUUAUAUCAAGGAUGUCUUGAAGAUGUGUUUUUGUUUUCACUGAAGAACCAAGUUACGCAAGGUCCAGCUGCAGUUACUGAGUUGUAGAUGAAGGAAUAUGUUCAGUCUAUCUAGAAGAACUGACUGUUAAAUGACAGUAUUCAUUAUUCAACUGGCUUGUAUCCAUUUGAAUAAAAAAAUGUGUGUGCCCCUGAAUUGAAAAAUACAAUCAGAAAAAUCUGAGCUGAUUCCAUUUUACAAGAUGACACAAGUACGUAAGCUGAUGUGUUUUUGUAGCAUUCAAAGCAGACAUAUUAGAUAGGGUUGUUUUAUAAAACCAGAAUUGCUGUAUUCGACAAGGAUGAAAAAGGACAAAUAAUCUGCCACCAUUUUGUAACUAUGACUAAUAUAAAUGACUACUACCUCUAUGUCAAAAUGAAAUUAGUUACAAGCUUUAUUUCUUUAAGUCAAACUCAUUCUCAGUGUCUCCGGCGUAUUCUUUUACACAUUUUAAAUUAGAUGAAUAAUAGAAAUAUAUUAUUUUUUUCACUUGUUAGGAAAGCAGCUUUUAGAAAAAAGUAAGCACUGAGUUCAUUUACAACUCUAUUUAUACCAGUCGACCUUUUGUAUAUGUCAUUACUCAGUUUAAUGAUUCUCCUGACAUUACAGGAGGGGGUCCUUCUUCUUCCAUUCCUUCUGUCAGUAAAAUCCCUUUUCCAGGCAUGAGCUUCUCUACUAAAAUGAGCUUAAGAAUGCUUAAUGAAAGCAAAGUGUAUAAGACAUUUGUCACCACUAUUUAAUAAGAACUUGUAACAAGAUUAUCACUGUCAGGGGGAUUAGUAAAAGACAUUGUGUGAGAAGGGAUCAGAGUGAAUAAGUUUGAAGCUUUGGAAGCACUGCCGUUAAAUUCUUUCCUGCUUCAUUUCCUCAUAACAUGCAUUGUUGGAUAAUAUAGUGUCUAAUUAUAACAAACUCUUCUGUGGGUAUGUUGUACAUUUACUGAGUCGCUCUGCUCAUUUUAUGUUAACCUCAGAAGAUUGGA